AUGAGCACAGACAACACCAUCACCACCACCUCGCCCGACCGCCUUGGUCCACAUGGACGCUACCGCCCCGGCCGCGCCCUCACCCUCUUCAAACAUCGAGCACCCGGACCAUGGGGUACACACUACAAUGGGGAACCUCCCCGUCGUUACUCCCACGUCGGCCACAACCACCAGCAGCACCCUGGCCCCCAAAGCAGCUCCCUCACCGACCGUAUCAACUUUGCGCUUGACAACCCCCCCCCCCCCAUGGAGACAAAACCUAUCGACUUUGGGGAUAUCUACGAGAUCACCAUCCCUCAAGACAUCGCCACCCGCAAAUUUAACGAUUUGGAAAACGAAGGGGGACCGCACGUGGUGAUUUGCUACAUGGACAACAAACCCAACAACACGUCCGUCGCGAAGAUAUACGACGGGUUUAAUGGAAGUUUUAAUUUUGAGGUGGAGACGCACGUCCCGGAGAGGACGGCGAGGUGGGUGAGGAUGGUGUUGAUGGAUCAUUACAAGGGGGCGGAGACGAUGGAGAAGAUUGGGAGGGCUCGUACCAUUGAUGGGACGGUGGAUCAUGGUAUGCUUCCUGAUGAGAAGACUCGGUUGGAUAUUCCACGGAAGGUGUCGGAGGCGAGUAAUAAAAUGUGGUGGAAUGUUGAGAUUGGGGUCAAUGCUCUUGGCCUGGGCAAGGUGUUGAUUCUGAGUGAUGGGAGUGUCAAGCUGUUUGGGUUUACUUGUGCGUUUGUGUACAGAUGGGUGGACCAGGAUGUUUUUGCUCAUCCUUAUCACCGUGGGGAUAGGGCGAUGAUGGGCCUACCCGCGGAGAGGUUGAAGCCUGAGUCGCCGAUUAUUCUGGGCUGGCCUGAUAGGGGGACAGGUGCCCUCGGUCCGGAAGUUGCACUUCGGCGGUGGGUUCCCGAGAGGUGGCUUGGGAAUGUGAAUUUGGCUGCCGGAAGGUUGUUGAAUACGUUUUCUGACUUGAAGGGAGAGGGUUUUAUGCCGCUGCCUCCUUGGCUUUUCCCUGCGGAAGUCUCAUAA